AUGUUUGUUGUAAGCAGUUUCGUGUUUACUCCCAACCAAUAUUUAAGCCAACAGGACUGUUUCAUUUCACACAACAUCAUGGCAUUCUUCAAGUUCAUCUCCUUUUUGGUCAGUUUGGACGCCAGCUAGAGAAUUAGUUAUUUUCCGUUAUUUGAAGGCGUUGCUAAGUGGAUCAGUUGCUUUGGACUGCCUUUCAGCGAGAGAUUCCGGCGACUUCUGUAACGCGGGGCCUCAGCGGCAGAUGUAUUAUUUCGUACCGGCGCAAGGUUCAGUCUCCGCGAAAAGCUCAGAGAAUAACUCUAAGAAAUAUCCAGGGAUCUGCCAGCCGUUCAUGUACAACGGUUGCGGAGGGAACGAGAACAGAUUCAACAGUUCGGCGGAAUGCCGCGAAGCCUGUGCCAACGCUUCAACGCAAGUCUCCGCCGAUGGCCAAACAAGUGGCCGCAGCGAACAAAUGAAACGUAAGUUUUUCUCUGAAGCUCUUCAAUAUUUCUUUCUCCAUAUACGACAGUUCGGAGCUAAUUAUUAUUUUUUGUUUGUCAAGUCAGCAGGGAAUUGUUCUCAUUCUUCCUCAUUCUACCUCAUUCUUGCUCAUGUUGUGGCUGUCGGAAUGAAAACUGGAAAAUUCUUCAAUUGAAUUUAAAAAGACCAUUUAUUAUUCAGAGAGGCCAUUUUUGGGUGAAGUUCGGAAUUUUCCACGAUUUUAUCUAAAGACUCUUCGGAGAUGAAGAUAAUAAUUUCUCUAAAUCGUUCUUCCCCAGUUUUCUAGUUCUGAAGAAAUGAAUUCCGAAAGUACUCAGCUAGCAUGGCAACGAGUCUUGCAACCUUUGAAGGGCAAAUUUGAAAAAUGAUCCGGAAUGAAAGUUUGCACGGAAAGUGACUGAGAGAAGGGUUUAUCUCGACGGUUUUGAUUAAAUUCACAUGGGAAAAUUGCUAAACUAAAACUAAACUAAAUUUACAAUUUCUGUUAGUUUCAUGGAGAAAUUAUAGCCAGCUACAUAUAUUGAUAACUGAAAAGCGUCGUCAAACGUUUGAAUGAAAAAGGAAAUGGUUCAGAAGCGUGCCAGGCAACCUACGACACGGAACAUCUGAACGCGACGCUCUGUUCUCGACACAUGGAAUGUCCUGCCGGCCAUGACUGCCACAGGGGAUUCUGCUGUCCGACCCCAGGUAAAGACCUUCGAAAAUCUCACUUCCUCCACCUGAGAACGAGGCUCAUUCUUUUGGAUUCAGACUACGCUUGCAAUCUUCGUUACGAUUCGGGUAAGUUUGCUGUUGGCGGAGAGAAAAGCGACAAGUAUUUCUACACGCCUCAAUACCAGACCUGCAUGAGGUAUUUUAUUAAUCUUUGCCCAUUUUCAUAUUACUUCUCUUCUAAUUCCAAUGUCAUUAUUCGAGUUCAGGUUCUCGUUUUACGGCACUCUGGGAAACGCCAACAACUUUCCAAACUACAACGCCUGUAUGAAAAUGUGUUCUUCUCAAAUCAAAAAUCCUCGCAUCUGA